GUCUGUGAGGAGGUUAUUUUUGUCGUUGGGUUGAAGACGAAUAGCGGAUUCGGUUUGAUGAUUGAACGGUUGGAUAGAGGAGAUCAUCGUUAAAGAUGUUUUUGUAAAUAUAUUUUAAUAAAAUCAGUUCUUUAAACGUUCGUUUUGUUUUGUCUAAGCGAAUCAGCCCUUCUGCUAGCGGGACUACAUGCUAGCCAAUGUUAACUUGCUAGUCAGCGUACGUCGUUUUUUGUUUUGGAAACGUCAAGGAAGCUGGGAGGCCAUUUUGAGGCCUUGUGAGAUCAACGAAGCCUUCAAGUCUGUAAUUUCCUUUCUUUUUUCAUGUUUGUGUUUUCCGAGGAGCGUGUGACUUGGAUAUCUGGACUUCCGUUGACAUUGGACUGGAUUGCCUAACUUGGUGACUAAUAACGUUAGCAGCUACACGGUUGCUCAAUUGACCAUUGGACUUUUCGGUCACUCAUUCAAGGGACUUUAAACGAAACCUGAUGCCAACUGAGAUUUCUACAAUUGCUUUCUUGGAACUGUUAACAUUAUCGUUAACUGUACGGACAGUUGAGCAACAACAUUUCAUUGUAUCAAAAAUUGGGACAUUUUUACUUUGCGGUGCUUCAUCCUGAAAGCAUCGCCUGGACUCUUGUCACGAAUGCUUCUGGAAGAUCAUUUGUUGUCAUGGCACUGAUUGUGGCGAACUAAAAAAAAAAGAAUUUAUUCAACAUACAAAUGACAAGAUUUAUUAACCACUGAGUUAACUUAGCUGUAGGCAGUUGAACAUAUCCGUGGGGAAUACACACGCUAAUAUUUUCUUUAUAUUUGUGGAUUUUACACCAGUUUUGUCUAUUGUUGGGUGGGUAGAAAGCUAACGGUGGGUAGCAAGCUACCAUCAACUUGCCACCCUCACAAUUUUGGCCAUGUUUGGGGCCGAGAUUAGCAGUUAGCAAAAUGGACAACUCAUACGGUUUGUUGCUAGCGCAUUAGCUCGCAUAGCUAAUCGACUGGUUUUCUGUGUUUUAGCAUUGUAUGCAGGCUUUCGAACAAGGGCCAUUCUAACUAUUCGAUAUAUAGGUGACUUUAUUUUUGUUGGUUAAUCGAUAGCAACGCAUUUUUCCCAACAUGUCGUGUGUUCAUUACAAGUUUUCAUCAAAGCUAAACUAUGACACGGUCACAUUUGAUGGUCUUCAUAUCACGUUGAGUGAUCUGAAAAGACAGAUCAUGGGCCGGGAGAAACUCAAGGCUGCUGACUGCGACUUACAGAUUACCAACGCCCAGACGAAAGAGGAGUACACUGAUGAUGGAGCGCUUAUACCAAAAAAUUCUUCUGUCAUCAUUAGACGAAUCCCAAUUGGUGGUGUCAAGGCAACAAGUAAAACCUUUAUUAUUGAUCGAUCAGAAACUUCAAGUGGACCAUCAAAAGCAAUUGAUGAUUCUCCUGCAACAAUUUCAUUGGCCCAGCUCUCAAAGACCGCCAAUCUUGCGGAGGCGAACGCAUCUGAGGAAGAUAAAAUUAAAGCCAUGAUGUCGCAGUCCAAUCAUGACUAUGAUCCCGUACAUUACAUGAAGAAGCUUGUAGGACCUCCCCCUCCAAACUACACUUGCUUUCGAUGUGGGAAGAAUGGACACUACAUCCGGAACUGUCCAACAAACGGGCAGGACAAAAGUUUUGAGGCUCCACAACGGAUCAAAAAAAGCACAGGAAUCCCUCGAAGCUUUAUGAUGGAGGUGGAUGACCCAAGCAUGAAGGGAGCGAUGCUUACAAACACAGGACGCUAUGCCAUCCCCACCAUAGACGCGGAGGCCUAUGCUAUCGGGAAGAAGGAGAAGCCCCCAUUCCUCCCUCAGGAACAGUCGUCUUCCUCAGAGGAAGAGGACCCUGUUCCGGAUGAACUGCUCUGCCUCCUCUGCAAAGACCUCAUGACUGACGCAGUGGUAAUCCCCUGCUGUGGAAACAGCUACUGUGACGAAUGUAUCCGUACUUCUUUGCUGGAGUCAGAGGAGCACACGUGUCCCACCUGUACCCAAUCAGACGUCUCCCCAGAUGCCUUAAUCGCCAACAAGUUCUUACGCCAAGCGGUGAACAACUUCAAAAAUGAGACCGGGUAUACCAAGCGGAUCAGGAAGGCAAAUCAAGCCCAGGCGAUGGCACAGGCCCCCCAACCCCGUAUUCAGCGCCCCGUCCAGGCUGUCCGGCCCCCCACCUCUCGCCAGCAGGACCCCCUGAUGGCCAACAUGCCGACCCGGCCUGCGGCUGCCAACACCCCUCCACACGUUCCAUCAGCACCCUCUGCCCCAGCACCCUCAGCUGUCACCCAGCAGGCUUCCAGCACCCCCCCUCCAUCCAGCACCAACCCCUUGGUGAGCAGUAAUGCCUCCCCCAGUGCAGGCAGCUACAGCCCUGCAGUGUCCUCUCCGCAGUGCCCUGUUAAGCAGGAGGAUGACCCAGCACCUAGGGAGUCUGACCCAAUGGUACCGGUCCCAUCUGUGACUGUCUCCACCGAUCAAUCUGGUCCACUUCCUCUCAUUCCAAAGGGAUUCCAGGUUCAAGUACUUGGACAGCCACACCAGCUUGGGCACCCUAUGCAGAGAUCAGGUGAUCCAUUCAAAGGUGAUCCAUUCAAAGGUGAUCCAUUCAAAGGUGAUCCUUUCAAAGGCCAUCCAGUAGGACCACCCAUGAGAUCCAGUGGCCCGAGGCCAAGCGGCCGAUCCGGAUGGGAUCCCCCUUCUGGCAGAGGUAGGAUGCACAGUGACCGGCCACCACGCUCACAAGCACCACCUGUCCAGCCGCCGCCCCAGCAGCAACCGCAGCAGCCCCCACUGCAGCCGCCUCCUGUGGCUCCUCAUGUGUUUGGGGUCGCACCUCCCGCCCUCUAUGCCCCACCUCAGCUUCCCAUGCCUCAACCGCCAAACGUGGUGCCCCCGCAAUACCCCAUGCCGUUCAACCCCGGUCAGCAGCCUGCGCCCAGCUACAAUGUCCCCCCUCCCGGUUAUCCCCCAGCUUUGCCCAAUGUGCCCGCUCCCUGGGUGCCACCUGGAACCCAGACUCCCGUAGCCACCCCUGUGCCACCAACACCGUUUCUGUCCAGGGAGGAGUUCUACCGGCAGCAGCGGAGGCUUAAAGAGGAUUCGCAAUGUCGAUUCGUUACCAGGGAGAAGUCUAAAUUGGAGAAGUUUACCAAUGACUUUGCCAAGGAGCUGCUGGAGUAUAGAAAGAUUCAAAAGGAAAGGAGACGAUCCUAUUCUAGGUCCAGGUCUCCAUACAGAGGCUCAUCCUACAGCGGGUCAUCCUACAGCUACUCCAAGUCUCGCUCUAGGUCCCGUUCUCCUAGGUCUCGAUCGUACUCCCGAUCAAUCAGCCGCUCUCGCUCCUAUUCUCGCUCGCCUUACUCCCGCCGUGGAAGGCCCCGCAGCCGUAGCUACCGUUCCAGGUCUCGAUCACAUGGCUACCAUCGCUCUCGCUCCCGUUCCCCCUCAUUCCGUGGUCGAGACAGUGGGCCAGUGAGUAGUGCACCCUACCGGUCACGCUCAAGGUCACCGCCACCGUACAGGAGCCACAGCCCUAACAAGAAGCUCGGCCCUCCGCCGCUCCUUGACCUUGACCGUGACCGCAAAUACCCAGGGCGGUUCAGGGACCCAAUCCCAUACGACCUCAAAGCCUGCUAUGGACGGGAAGUGGAUAUGUCCGACCCCUAUGAGCGGGAAAGGUACAAGCAGUGGGAGAGGGAGUACCGCGAGUGGUAUGAGAAGUAUGGCAAGUCCUACCACAACGUUCCAUCUGAUCAGCCCAGAGGCCGGGCACCCUUAGUGCCGAGGGACCCGUACACCCCUGAGCGUUUGCCCUUGAUGCGCCAAAGAGAGAAUUCUCCCUAUGCACGAGGGCGCAGAGAUGACUACUCCCCACCUGCCCAGGGCCACUCAGGCAGUGGAAGCGGAGGACCCAGAGGUCGCAAUGCAGCUGCAGCAGCAGCAGCCGCAGCAGCAGCAGCAGCAGCAGCAGCAGCGGCACUCACAUACCAGGAGCGGUGUGCUAAGGAAUAUGGCCUCCUUCCGUUACCCACUGCUGGGCCCAGCAGAAGGAGCAUUGGCAAGGAGCCCCUGAAGGGGCCCAAAGACAGAGAGCCGACCCUCAGCAGUGCGGCUGUCGACCCCAAAGGCCUGAAGCACAAGAAACACAGGAAGAAGAGGAAGGGUGACGAUAGUGAUAUGUUCAGCCACUCUGACUCCAUGGACGACACAAGAAAAGAUGAGCGCAAAGGGGAUGGUCCUCUGAUGGCUUCCAGUCGUGAUGCCACUCCUGUCAGAGACGAGCCCAUGGACGGCGCUGCAGUUACUUACAAAAGUGCUUCAGACAAAGAGAGGAAGGAGAAAACGAAGAGCAAAGUUGAGAAGGUAAAGCGGAAAGCUGAGAACAGUGCCUCAAAGAAAGAAACAUCUGGGAAGGCUACCAAGUCCUCCAGGGAUAAAGAGAUGGACAUGGAGCGUGAUUCUAAGACAUCUCUGACUGAGCCUCCUUUCAAACGAACCAGGGAAGACCCUCCUCACAAGGCAGAGACCAUCAAGCCAUCCACCUCUGUGAAAGAAGAGAAGGCUCCAUUGUCUCGCAAAGUAUCAAGACCAGUAAAGCACCAUCAAGACACUAAACCAGUCAAAGAUGAACCAAAGGCCAAGAAGGACCCGGUAAAAGACUCGACAGCCAAACCAGAGAAAGUUCUUACCAAAGAGGUUAAGUCAAAGAGGGACAUUGAGAAAGCCAUUAAAACUGAGGAGAAGCCAUCUGUCAAGGCAGCCGAAAUCAAGCAGGAGAAGAGGAGAAGGAAAGAUGAUCCAGGUUCAGGGAAAGAGCUUGAUUUGGGCUCAGUGAAGUCUCCACGAGUUGAUGUUCCUGAUAUGGCUAAGGGCUCACCAAAGCCCAAAGCUAAAGUAGAGACUGAUAAGCCAUCAGAGAAGGAGAAGGUAAAGCCUGCGAUCCCACCUCUGAUGGACAUCAAACCAGGGCCUCUGAGGAAGAUCAAGAUCAACCGUGAGAUUGGGAAAAGGAUCAGCACAGACACGGCACCUUCACCUGAAGCCGUUGAUGUCCCCCCAAAGAGCCGACCUGACAAGACGAGGGGAAAGAUGCGUCGGAGAGUGCAGGCUGCUGACGGUUCGGUCCUGGUGGACUACACGAGCACUAGCUCAACUGGAGGUAGUCCCGUCAAACGGAUGGAAGACAAGGCCGAUUUGAGAAAGACCGUAGUAAAGACCCUUGAAGAAUACACCAAUGACCGCACCUCUGCUGCUGAGGAUGAGAUUGUCUUGAUCCAAGUGCCACGCUCCAAGUGGGAAAAGGAGGACUUUGAGUCAGAAGAGGACGAGUCAAAGGAAAUGGCACUGAAUCGUAAUGGCAGUCGUGCUGGAACGGAUGCCCCUCAAAAGCCACUCCCUACUGCUGCUGUGAAAGUGAAUGAUCAGGCAACCCCCCCAGGAGACAAGGCUCUCGCCUCUUCCAAGGAAAGCCAGAUGGAAGCCAAGCCAGGUAAAGACUCCACACCUACUGACCGGGAGAGGGAGGAGAAGAAGGAGACGGAGAGAGACAGGGAGAAGGAUAAAGAAAAGGAGAGGGAACGGGAGAGGGACAAGGAGCGGGAAAAAGACCGAGAGGACCGAGAGCGAGGGAGGGAGAGGGAGCGAGAGCGCCCUGCCUCUGACCGCGAGUCUUCCGAGAAGAGAAAACCCCUCGGGUCCAAUGGUGACCGGGAACGGGAACGCACCCAGGAGCGAAGCAGUGACCAUGGCAGUGAAAAGGGCUCCUCUUCUUCGACCCAGUCUUCCCUCAGGGACCGACAGUCAGACAGACCUGAUCCAGCCUCCCGCAAGCCUGUCAGCAGGGAUCACACCACUGCCUCCUCCACUGACCGCAGGACCGACCACCGCUCAGGUGGAAGGGAUCACUCCGAUACCAAACCCAAAGACGGCAAGCCUAGAGAUCCCGCUAGGAGGAGGGACUCCCCACCUUCCACUUCAAGAGGAAGGGACCGGGAGGCUCACACUGAGUCAGCCAAGCGCUCCUCCACCAGUGAUGGCCACAGUACUGAGCCAACAGACAAACGGCAGCACCAGAGCGCGCCCGAGUCAAAACGCGCACCUGAGGAGCACAGGACGGAGCGUCCGGUGAGUAGAGAGGGCCAAAGCACAAGGCAUGUGGACAGUCGGCCCAACCGUGACCGGGAGCACAGUGGACACCGCACCCCUGACAACAGGAUGUCUUCACCCGAGGUUCGUGUUGAAGGUGCAAGAGGGGCCGCCGCCCCCGCUACAUUACGGGUGGAGAGAGACCACCCCAAAGUCAAGCCCCCGUCGGCCCGGUCCGCACGACUCUCGUCUGACCUAGGCCGCGAGACGGACGAGGCUGCUUUUGUGCCGGACUACAGCGAGAGCGAAAGCGAGGCUUCGGACACGGAGAGCAGGGCGGAGGCCAGGGGAAGAGAGCGGGAUGGGGACAGCAGUGCCUCGCCCAGCCAGAGCCAGAGUCCCGCCGGCAGCCAUGCGCGCAGCAGCAGCGCCAGCUCCACUGGGAGCCAGCCAGACGGCAAAAAGAAAAAGGACAAGAAGGACAAAAAGGAGAAGAAGAAGCAUAAGAAACACAAGAAACACAAAAAGCAUAAGAAGCACGUGGGCAACGAGUCCGACGCAGAGCAGAAGGCACAGAAACACAAGCAUAAGAAAAAGAAAUCGAAAAAGAGCAAGGACAAAGACAAGGACGAGAAGGAGAGAGCAGAUGACCAAAAGGAGGAUAAAGUAUCUGUAUGAGAAUAUUCAAGUUGAGCCUCGGACAUUAUCCACACAACUUUUUUUUUUUGUUUUUAUUUUUUAUUUCUUAAAUGUGGAUGUAGAUACGCAGACUUUACUUUUUCCUCUUGCAAGGACUACUGCUCUGCUCAACAUUUUCAGACUUUGGGAACUGCUCACCAACUUAAUCUUUGACCAUGCUCAUAUUGAAUGCAGUUGUUAUGAAGAUUACUACUUGAAUGAUUAAGAUUGAUGCGUUCUCUUAGACACCUAGGGCUCCUUACAAAUGACUGUUUUAAUUUUGUUUUAUGUAUUUAUUUUUUGGUUUCCUCAAGUUUCAAUGAAUUUGGUUACAAUUCCACAUACCAUUUAAAAAAGAAUAAUUUGAACAAUAUGUUGUAGAGGAAGCACUUUAGAGAUGUGAAAAAUGAAUGUUACUGCCUUGUUGCAGUUGGAAAUCCAUGCCCUUUCAUACCUCGUAUCUUACAGUCUAUUAAAAAAAAUCAUAUCAUAAUUAUGCCAUUAUGAAAGCAUUCAUACUUGUGGAACUGGAUAGUGAUCUUUUGGCAUCGGGCACAUAAUAAGGGUGUGGGCUGAUUUUUGCACUGUGAAUAUUUCCUCUACUCUGAAAACAAAAUAAAAAUAUUUUAUUUUACAUAGCCUUCACAUUUAAUUUAACUUAGCUGUUUUUUUUUAGUUGUCUUUUUUUCUCUUCUUUUUUGAGUUUUGAAGGUUAAUAAAAUUGUUUUGCAGCAAAUUAAAAA